GCUCAUGGAAAGCACUAUACCAGCAGCUUAUUGUAAGUUGCUUCAGAAACUACAAGAAAUGCAUUGUUCGGGAAAGUUGCUCGAUUAUGACUUUUAUAUGUUAUGGCCACUAAGUGCAAGCCUAAAUAUGAUGUAUCCAUGGAUAUUUCUUGUUACUCCCUUGAUUAAAUUGUUAUCAGAACGAGAGCUGUUCUACUCUGCUUUAUUGAAUAGAUGGCAAACACUAGCACAAUCUAACUUUAUACCCUCAUUGUUGUUCCAAGACUCAAUAGCUGGUGAUGCUACAUUUCUUGAUGAGGCCCUAUAUAUUCUUCAACUACCAGUAGUCUUCCUACCUGCUUCGCAUAUGCUGCAGUUGCAGGAACUCUAUGAUAAUGACAUUGUCAUUAUUAAUGAAGAUAGUUUUACCAACUACUUUUUGUCAAAAAUAAAAGUGUUUGAUGCACACAUAGAAAUACGUAAUAAAGUUAUUUACACUCUAUUAUUAACUAUUUCUAUGUCAGAGCUGACAGGUUUUGAUAAAUUAGAGAAUUUCAAAAACCAAUUGAGAACUGUUCCAUGUAUCCCAUGCUCACCUGAUGGUGUCGUCUUAAAGCUACCAAGUCAACUUAUUGAUCCAGGAACAUUUCAUGAUAUGUUUGAUCCGGAUGAUUCAUUGUUUCCCUUUUCUGACUUCUGCCAAAAUAAUCCAGUGUGUUAUACGAUAAUGGAGAUGGGAAUGAUGUCAAGGAAACUGCCAUGGGAUAUUGUCAUCAAAAGUGCUCAGACAAUUAAAUCGGUUAUCGUCAUUGAUGAGAAUAAAGCAAUGAAAAGAGUAAAGGCUAUAUUGAAAUGCAUAAACUCUACUGUGCCUGAUGAGCUAAAGGAGACAAGUUUUUUACCUGUGGUACCAAAGCCUGAACAUUACUUUUUACCUUGGAAAGGUGAAGGCCAUGUGCUGCUAUCUCCUACUGAAUUAAUGUGUGAUUUACGAAUGGGAACAAGAGAAGCUGCUCUCAUUGUUGGUUCCCAAAGAGCAAUUCUCAACACGAAUUCUGUCAAUCAUGGAGGUUGUGGGUCCAUAUCACAAAGGGUUAUUAAGCUAUUGGAAAUUCCUACUAUGCCAUCAUUUGAUGAAGUGCUUCACCACUUUAAUACUCUAGUUUCUUCAUUUACAGCUAAGUUAGGCAAUUGUGACAUUGUUGGAGAAAUAUGUUGUUACGUGUAUCAAUAUUUUAAUGACUCACUUGAGAAUCCUAUGAUUUCUCAAUUACUAUUAAGAUAUUGUAAUAAACCAUUUAUUUGGAUAGGUAAAAUCUUUGUUUGUCCAUGUGAUGUAGCUGUUAACUGGAAGCAUGAAGAUGGUCCUUUUCUUUACAAGCUACCAUCAAAGCUUUGUGAAUAUAAAAAUCUUUUAAAGUGUCUUAAAAUUAAGGAAAAUUUUACCUAUGAUGACAUAUUG